CGCCGGGCGCGCUGCCGGCACUGCCCCGCCUGCCCCAGGAAGGGGCGUGCGGGACAUGCCCGACCCCUCCCCGGCCGUCCCGGCUGCUGGGCGUGACCCGAGCCUGGCGGGAAGCUCCCGUGGCAGGAUUUCCCAGAGCAUCCCGGCGUGUUUCUCGAGUAUACACCUGUCUUCAGAAACAGCUUCUCAACUAUGUAAUUUAAAAUACAAAGUUUGAGAGUGAUCCAGUUCUGCAAAUAAGGGAGCUGGGAGCAGAAAAAAGCAAGAUGAAUGCAUCUGGAGGAAGCUGUGGGAGCCCUAAUUCUGCAGAACCUUCAGGAGAUUUCUUCAAGGAACUGUGGUCCAAACUGAAGGAAUGUCAUGAUAAAGAAAUACAAGGCUUACAGCUGAAAAUAUCUAAGUUAAAAAAGGAAAGAUGCUUGGAUGCAGAGAGGCUUGAAGAGUUCUAUACCAAGAACCAACAACUCAGAGAACAGCAAAAAGCACUUCAUGACACCAUCAAGGUUUUAGAAGACAGAUUAAGAGCAGGAUUAUGUGAUCGAUGUGCUGUAACUGAAGAACACAUGAGAAAGAAGCAGCAAGAGUUUGAAAACAUCCGGCAGCAGAAUCUCAAACUUAUUACUGAGCUUAUGAAUGAAAAAAACAACUUACAGGAUGAAAAUAAAAAGAUAACUGAACAGUUUCAGCAAUUACAGAAGGAGCUGGAGGAGCAAAAGCUGCAAGCAGUGGAAUUAGAAGAAGGAGUCAUUCCAGAUUCUCCAGUUAUGACCUCUUCAUUUUCUAUGGCCAAUCGUAUGAGGAGAAAAAAAGAGAAUAGGCAUAUCCGAUACACAGAACAUGCACACUCAGAUUUGGAACUUAGCAAAAGUGAGUAUGGAAAAAUUCCACUCUUUUCCACGCAAGUGAGCAGCAACCACAGAGAAGAGAUACUAGUGGCAGACACCUGUGAUCCACAACUGUCCCCUAUACAAAAUAAACCAACGGUGGGAGGCUAUCCUGUUCCAAAGCCAUCUCUUAACUUGGCUGCAGUCGUCCCAGAAACAAUUGGACUUGGUGUUCAAGAGGAAUCUGAGUCCCAAAGUGUACUGAAUCUUCCCCACACAAAUACAGUUAUGAGCCAGGCCCCAGAGAUCAUGCAGACUGAAGACUCAAGAAAGCAUCCAGCUCCUGAAUCAAGAAGUGAUGACACCAAUUUAGGUUUUUCAGAUCCAUCUGAGAACACUCCACCACAUGUUGACUGGGAUGCUCAGGUAGCCUCUCCUGUUUUUGGAGCUUCUAGCAGUAUGAAGAACAACUCAAGUACAGGUCAUGCUCCUUGUAUUUUAGAUUCAGGAUUGAAGCCUAAUCUCAAAACCAACCUCUUCAACAAUCCAUCCGGUUCUAGAUCUCAUAAAAGUAAAUCAAAAUCUGAAGAUGUUGCUUUUGUGGCACCACUGAACCUUGGAACGGAAAUCAACUCAGUUAUCAACCAGGUGUCUAUCAAUAGGCAAAUAGUUGUGAAAAAGAAUACUAGUGAGGCUGUAAUCUGUGUUGGAAACACUUGCACAGCUAAAAAUGAGGUGAUCAAGAGUGAUUUCCUUCUCGUACACCAGAAACAGCUGGAAGGCAGGUGUGCUAAGAGAAAGAAAACUGAAGAUGAUCAUGCAGUUGGCUGUGAAAAAACAUCUUUUAACAAAGAGAACUCUGUGCCCUUUCGAUCAGAUGUCCAGCAUAUUAAUGGGGAACAUACAGUUGAUAAGCCCUUGGAUCUGUCUGAUCGCUUCUCUGGAGUUCGUUGUCAAGACAAAAAACAAGGAAGUGAGGAGACAUGUAAAAAUAGACUGAAACAGGUGACUCUGCAUGACGUUUUUUCACAAGUAGGGAAGCCCAUUCCUGAAGGUUCAUCGUCCAUUCAAAAUGCCAACGAGAGCUGUUUGCUUGUCAGAGAUUUACAAGAGGAAUCGUACAUACAAGAGGCAAUGCUGGGAAAAACAUUCCCAGAUAAGAAAAAACAGAUCCAAAUGAAAGAAGAAGUUCCUCCGUUCAAAUUUGCACCAUUGCCAAGUUCUGCAGAGACAGAGGAACUUUUUGGUGAUGUACAGGUUACCACUGGCCAUGUACCAAAUAGAAAGAAAACAAGGACAGGACACGGAGAGUCUGAACCAGCAUCUGUACUUCAACCAAACCCUUGUAGAGUAUCAAAAAGUAAAGCACUGCAAGAUGAGCAAGACCUGAAAGAUAAAACCUCUUUAGAAAACCUCCAGUGGAGCGUAGACCCAGGAGCUGACCUUUCAGAGUACAAAAUGGACAUUACUGUGAUUGAUACAAAGGAUGAUUCUCAGAGCAGAGUCGGAGGGGAAGUUGUUGAUAUGGAUUAUACAUAUGUUAGUGAUAGUGUGCUAUUAAAAAUGAAAAAUCAAGAGCAAAAUCAGGAAAGCAGUCCAAGAGGAGAAAUAACAGAGAUGUUUGAUCAAACAACCCACGAAGAAUAUGAAUCCUGCCUACCAGAAGAUAGUCCUUCUGCAUGUGAUGAGAAAGAAACUCUUCAUGAUGAAGAGUGGGAUAAGGGAAUAACAGUAGCAAGCAAGAAACUAAAGAAGCAUGAGGAUAAACAAGAUAAAACCAAACAGAAAGCUUUUGUGGAGCCAUAUUUCAAAAGUGAUGAAAGAAAGAAUACUGUGUUAGAUUUUCCUCAUAUUGAGGUUAUUCGAAAAAAAGAAGAAAGAAGAAAAUUACUUGGCCAUACUUGUAAGGAAUGUGAAAUAUAUUAUGCAGACAUUCCAGAAGAAGAGAGAGAGAAGAAACUAGCUUCCUGUUCAAGACACAGAUUUCGCUACAUUCCUCCAAGUACUCCUGAAAAUUUCUGGGAGGUUGGAUUUCCUUCCACCCAAACCUGCAUGGAAAGAGGAUACAUUAAAGAGGAUCUUGCUCCCUGUCAACGUCCAAAAAGACGGCAGCCUUAUGCUGUGAUGUUUUCUCCAAAAGGCAAAGAGCAAAAGACAUAAAGGAUGGGGAAGUAAAGCCUGCCAACUUGAAGCGUAUCUUUCCUGCCCGUAGAUAUUUAUAGUUAAUAUAAACUUGAAAUAAAGGACUGUGUUUUCCACAAUGAUAGAUAAAUUGUUUAAUUGAAUAUGUAAAUUUUAUAAAAUUCAUUUGAAAGUCUGAUUUACGGGGAAGCAAAAACUAUUUAAUGUAUGUUUGUUUUAUAUUGUGUUAAUACAUUUUGUAUUAAUUUUUGCACCCGUCAGACAAUGAGUCUCCCGCUUUUUUUUUUUUUUCCUUUGAAGUCAACAGCUAAAAUUCCAGCAAAUCCUGUCUAAACUUUGUGUCAGCGAGUAACUGCUCUGAAGUCACUGAAAUCAGUUAUUCUUGCAAUGGUAAAUGUCUGUAAAUGGGAACAGAAAUGUGGAUUUUCUAGGGUGCUUUUAUUUUGCACUGGAUUUUCUUAUAUAGCCUUUCUUUUAUGUCAGUAAUGGUUAUAUUUGCUUGUAAUAAAGUUGUAUUAAAUAUGGAAUGUAUCUACUGUUAGUAGUUUGGAGGUAGGAAAACCAUGAAGUCUAAGUGUCUUUCCUAAAUUUUGGUUUUAAGUAUAUAGCACCAUGUUUUCCUAAGUAUUUAAAUUAGAAUGUCCAAUAUUUCUUCUCUUUUUUUUUUCUUAAUUUGGACCUGUUUGCAUAUCUGUGUCUCACUUGUUGAUAGAGAUAAGCAUUGUUAUUUCUAAAUUUGAGUGACAGCUCUGCCCAG